AUGGAAGGAAAAAGUUUUUUAGGUCUUGCCUCGGACGAAAAGACCCAGGUUCCUGCAAAGGUCUUUCGAUGCCAAGCCCUGUGGGCAAUACGAGAUGUGUUUAAAUGGAGAAAGUUUCAGAUAGUGGCAGCGAUUUUUGUAGGGCUAAUUUGUGCUUCAGUGGUUGGUUUGGGAAGACUAUUUCAAACUCAUGGCGCAGGCAAAGUAGCGUACCUGUUGAGCGCUGAAUUUGCUUUUCUCGGCAUCGAGCUCUUCUUUGCUGCUACAGUGAUCUUCAUAGAGCAGAAAAAGAAAACUACUGUAAGACAGCAGAGAAUGGAGCUAUUUCGUCAGAUUAUGGCACAACAGCCAGGAACAGCUUUGGCCAAGUGGGACGUCAUUGCCGUCGAAAUGAACGACUAUUUGAACAAGCAGGCAAUCUGGCACUCUCCGUGGUGUUUCUACGAUGGUGCCAUGCUAUUUGCUUUUUUUAGGACGCUGAUCUAUAUCCCCUUACAGGAUGGAAAAUUUGACAGUGACGCAGAAAUUGUGUUGCUUCGCGACGCUGCGCAGAAUUAUGAAGAGUCUUUAUUUGCUUCCGAAAACGAGAACGAAAAGACUGGUCGUGUUAGCAAUCUGUCAAGUGAGAAGAAGUUACCGGUAGAGCUACACCACUCUAAAGCUACGUGGGUUCUUACAAGGUCAAAGAAAAUGAUCGUCAUAGGAAGCCUUUAUGCACUAGUUUAUGGGUGGUUUGGCCAAUUGCUUGCGGUUGUCAUCUUCGAGUGUUUUCACUUUGCAAUCUCGUUCUAUGUUUUUUGGAAUAGAGCAAACUUUUUAUCUCUUGCGGACUCGCUGGAGUUCAUGAAUAAUGUUCACAAGUUUGAACCUUGGGAAGAUGACUCAAAGUGGGAUGAAAUCGCCAGAGCAACGAACGCGGCUUUUUCUGGCAAACGUAUGGACAAUUUUGAUAACGACUAUUUCUUUGAUGGAAAUCACUGCCGUCAGUUAUUCAAGCAAAGAUUGUCAUCGAUCAUUGCCGAUCGUAAACUGAGAUUGCCCGAACUGAUUCCUUUCGCACAUGAAUUGAGAGCAGCCUGCGGAUUCGAUUCAAAAGACCAGGUUUGA